AUGGCCGUCGCACGCUCGAUGCGCCGCACGAGCCCGAUCAGCCUCCUGCUAGCAGCCCUGAUAGCAUUCGGCUUCAUCUGCUUCAUGCUGACUCCCUCGACACCCGCAGCCACAUCGUCAUCCGCAUCCUCACAACAACGACAAGAAAACGCCGCGGAACACCCCCUCUCCCCACCCACGAAACCAUUCUUCAAAUCCCAAGCUGUCCGCAGCGAUGGCCACAAAGCCGCGCCCCCAGUCGUCCACUACAACCUCAACAGCCUGACCAGCACGGCCAAUUCCGUCGCCAACGGCGAGCGGGUCCUGAUCCUCACCCCGCUAGCCCGCUUUUACCAAGAAUACUGGGAUAACCUGGAGAAAAUGAGCUAUCCCCAUGAAUUGAUCUCGCUGGGAUUCAUCGCGCCCAAAACGAAAGAGGGCAAUGCCGCCGUCGCCGCCUUGGAGAAAGCCAUCGCGAAAACCCAAUCCGGCCCCAUUGACUCUCGAUUCGCGAGCAUCAGUAUCCUCCGCCAAGAUUUCGAACCCCCACUCACAUCCCAGGACGAAAAAGAGCGCCAUAAGCUUAGCGCGCAGAAGGAGCGUCGGGAGUCGAUGAGUCGCGCGAGGAACAGUCUCGUCUUCACGACCCUCGGCCCGGCCACGUCCUGGGUUCUCUGGCUGGACGCGGAUAUCGUGGAAACGCCCGCGUCGCUCAUCCAGGACCUGACCAGCUUCGACCAGCCCGUCAUCGUGCCGAACUGUUUCCAGCGGUACUACGAUUCCUCGAAGCGGAAGUGGGAUAUCCGGCCUUAUGACUUUAAUUCGUGGGUUGAUAGUGAACGGGCGCAGAAUCUUGCGUCGCAGAUGGGCCCCGAUGAGAUCCUUUUGGAGGGUUAUGCUGAGAUCCCGACUUAUCGCACUUUGAUGGCUCACUUGCCUGAUUUUAAGAAGCUUGAUCCUAAAAAGAUGCUUGCGUUGGAUGGCGUUGGGGGUACGGCACUGCUUGUCAAGGCGGAUGUGCAUCGUGAUGGGGCUAUGUUCCCUGCUUUUCCUUUCUUCCAUCUUGUUGAGACGGAGGGUUUUGCGAAGAUGGCUAAGAGGUUGGGGUACGAGGUGAUUGGGUUACCGGAUUAUUUCGUUUAUCACUAUAACGAGUAA